AUGAAUAAGGUGAUUGUGCUGUUGUUCCUGGCAACAUUUGUGUAUGUUGCCAACUGUGAUCCUGAGCCAAAGGCCAAUCCUCUUGCAUUUCCUGGCAGUUCUUCCAGCAGCUCCAGUGGAGAAGCUCCUGCUACCUCUAAAAAACCAAAGGUCAUCAAGUACAAACACAAGCACACCCACACCCACAAACACAAACACAAGCAUGACCACAAGCACAAGCACAAACAUGACCAUGGACACAAGCACAACCAUGACCACAAACACAAGCACAAGGCAGAACACAAGCACAAACAUGACCACAAACACAAGGCACAGCACAAACACAAGCAUCAGGAGAAACACAAGCAUGAACACAAGCAUAAACACAAGAAAGUGGAGCCAGCACCAAGCAGCAGCAGCAGCAGCAGAGCUGCUGCUGCUGCUACUGCUGCUUGGCUUCACUUUCUUGAUGUGCUUGUGCUUGUGGUCAUGCUUGUGCUUCUCCUCAUGUUUGUGCUUGUGCUGCUCCUUGUGUUUGUGGUCAUGCUUGUGCUUGUGUUCCUCCUUGUGCUUGUGCUUGUGGUCAUGUUCAUGCUUGUGUCCAUGGCCAUGUUUGUGCUUGUGCUUAUGCUCAUGCUCAUGGUUGUGCUUGUGGGAGUUUUCUUAUUGGCCUGUCUCCUGAUGGCAGUUUCCACCCUUGGUUUUCCUUCCCCUGGAGAUGAACCACACAGUGAAGAGGUGCCAGAAGAGAAAAAGUUGCCAGCGGCUGAAGAAGUGGCCCACAGUUCCCACGGUUCACCAGAGGGUAACGGUGAAUUGCUGCUCAGGAGCUCAAAAAAGAAGAAGAAACCUUCGAAGGUGAUGCAGUACGUGCACAAACACGAGCACGAACACGAGCACAAGCACAAGCACGAGCACAAACACAAACACAAGCACGAAGAGGACCACAAACACAAGCAUAAACACGAGGAGGAGGAGGAACACGAGCACAAACACAAGGAGAAGCACGAACACGAACACACGAGGAAACACAAGCACAAACACACGGAGAAGCACAAGGAGAAACACAAGCACAAGCACGAAAAGGAGAAGCCACUGAGUCUCAGCAUCAGCUCCAAGUUACUUCCGAAGGUGGUCAACUCUUUCACGAAGCACGUCUCGCCUGAUGAGGUUUGA